ACUCGGAGAUUCCCUGCAAUCCACUUCGCAUAAAAUUGUGGCCUGAAGUGAAAGCCGCCGGACAAUUUGGUAUAAAAAGGGUUGAAACUUGAAACUGAAAUCAUAGUGCUUCGCUUCCACCCAAUCUAAUCAAAGCUCUCACCUUUCCUUCUCCGAGCUCCAACCCCGAGAUUUGGUUAUCGACGGACUGGGUAUUAUUGAAGAGAUGGGAGUCACUUCCAUACAAACCAGUGAUCUCAUGGUUUGUGGAAUCAAUCACUGGGGUUGAUGUUGUCAAAGAUGGAGGUGUUGCUUUCUGCCCUAAUACUAUUUUGCUUGCCCUCAUUUGUAUUGCCUAAUUCACAAGGAGAGGCACUGUUGGAAUUGAAAACUUCACUGGGUGCUCCAGACAAUCAGUUGACAAAUUGGUAUCCAAAUCAAAUUAACCCAUGCACUUGGUCAAAUGUUAUUUGUGAUAUUGGUUCUAAUGUAAUUUCGGUAUCAUUGUCAUACAUAAACUUUUCAGGAACUUUGUCCCCUAAAAUAGGAAUUCUGAACACUCUUAAAACACUUACGCUGAAAGGAAGUGGUAUAACUGGUGAGAUACCUGAAGAGUUUGGAAACUUGUCGAGUUUGACCAGAUUGGAUUUGGAAGAUAAUCAUUUAACUGGUAAAAUACCACCUUCACUUGGUAACCUUAAAAAGCUUCAGAUCUUGAGCUUAAGUCACAACAAUCUUACUGGGGUAAUCCCUGAGUCACUUUCUGGUCUUCCAAACUUGAUUUAUCUCCAGCUUGAUUCAAACAAUCUUAGCGGUCAAAUUCCCGAACCUCUGUUUCAAAUUUCAAAAUACAAUUUCACAGAAAACAACUUAAGUUGUGGUGAAAAUUCUGUGCACCACUGUGUAUCUGCUAAUUAUCUAGGUGGUUCUCAAAAGCCCAGGAUUGGAAUUAUUGUUGGAACUGUUGGAGGACUUGUAAUACUUCUUUUCAGUUGCUUAUUACUUUUUCUGUGGAGGGGUAGACGGAAGGGCUACAAACAUGAAGCAUUUGUGGAUGUUGCUGGUGAAGAUGACAGAAGAAUUACUUUUGGUCAACUGAAAAGGUUUGCAUGGAGGGAAUUACAGUUGGCUACAGAUAAUUUUAGUGAAAAGAAUGUCCUUGGACGGGGAGGUUUUGGAAAGGUCUAUAAAGGAAUUCUUGCUGAUAACACAAAAGUAGCUGUGAAGCGAUUAACUGAUUUUGAAAGUCCUGGUGGAGAUGCUGCUUUCCAACGUGAAGUUGAGAUGAUAAGUGUAGCUGUUCAUAGGAAUCUGUUACGGCUGAUUGGCUUUUGCACAACACCAACAGAACGCCUUUUGGUCUAUCCAUUUAUGCAGAACUUAAGUGUAGAUCAUUGUCUACGAGAACUCAAACCUGGUGAAGCGGUUUUAGGCUGGCCUACAAGAAAGAAAAUAGCCUUAGGUGCAGCACGUGGACUAGAAUACCUUCAUGAACAUUGCAAUCCUAAGAUCAUCCACAGGGAUGUGAAGGCAGCUAAUGUAUUAUUGGAUGAAGAAUUUGAAGCAGUUGUUGGUGACUUUGGUCUAGCAAAGCUGGUGGAUGUGAGACGGACUAAUGUGACAACCAAAGUUCGUGGGACAAUGGGCCAUAUAGCACCUGAAUACUUGUCCACUGGGAAGUCAUCAGAAAGAACAGAUGUGUUUGGUUAUGGGAUUAUGCUUCUAGAGGUUGUUACAGGGCAACGUGCUAUUGACUUUUCACGCUUGGAAGAAGAAGAUGAUGUCUUACUGCUUGAUCAUGUCAAGAAGCUUGAAAGGGAGAAAAGGCUAGAUGCCAUUGUAGAUAGUAACCUCAAUAGCAAUUAUGAUGUACGGGAGGUGGAGACAAUGAUUCAGGUUGCUUUGCUCUGCACACAAGCAUCACCAGAGGAACGUCCAGCAAUGUCAGAGGUGGUGCGAAUGCUGGAAGGAGAAGGGCUGUCCGAGAGGUGGCAUGAAUGGCAGCAUCUCGAAGUUACUCGUAGGCAAGAGUAUGAGAGACUGCAGGGGAGAUUUGACUUUGGAGAAGAUUCAUUGUAUAAGCUGGAAGCCGUUGAAUUGUCUGGAGGAAGAUGACGCAACAGAUUUCCCUGCAUCUUAACAUUCUAGUUCCUGGGUUUUGCCAAAACUUAAGGAAAUGUUUUUCAUAUAUUUGUAUGUACACAUUAUAUUGUCUGUAAAAGCUUCUUUUAUGUCCUUGUAUUUUAAAGAGACCACUGUCCAGAUUUCAAAUCAGGGAUUGUUAGAUGGGAACAAGACCGUUAAUAUCUGGGGGGUCUACCCCUCAUCCAAGAGUUUAUAUUGUGUAAUUCCAACUGUAAAAUAGUUUUUCAUAUUUUAAAUGUCUUACCUCCAGAUCAUCCUUGUUAGAUGGAAAUUACUUCUUGUGGAUAUAAUAGGCUGAAUGUUAUUCGUUAUAAAGUGACAUUUUGGGA